GUCACCUGAGAUUAUGGAAGCCAGUUGUCUUUGCAGAUGCUCGCGGUACCCUUACCAUUUAUCAUCAUAGGCCCCGGAUAACGGAGGCCGCUAUCGGUAUAUACUUUAUACGUGUGUUGCUUUGCUAUUAACGUCGUUCUCAUUAGGAUGAUACUAAUAAAGGGGUAAUCUACAUGAAGUGAUAGGAUUGACGGAAUCUUGAUGGCAUACUAAUGUUUGGGGCGACACAUUUCCCCCCUCCUUGUAACGUCGAAUCUCAAUCGUAUUAUAAUCUAACCAAUAUCAAUAAUGGCAAUGCAUGCUAUCAUCUGGCUUGCAUCUGCAAUUGCCCUCUCUCUAAUUACCUUUCUCACCCUCAGUAGAUCUCAGAAAAAUGUAGUUCUUAGGAGAUUAGGUCUUACCGGGCGCAACGCCUCCCGCCCCAGCACACCCUCUCUUGAAAAGCAGACGCCUUCCAAGCCACUUGCGUCGUCGACUUCGGACCUUCUCGCAACAUUACCUCCAACUCCGCGGGACCAACUUCGCACGGUGAUACACAAACUAUCAGCUACCCAACAGGAAGCGAUUGGCGACCUCUCAUUCGACGCAGAUGUUUUUGCACGUUCGUUGCUGGGCUUGGAGGAGGAUUAUCGAACUGCGGAUGAUUCUAAGUACAGUUACAUGGGCUUCUCGGUCCGAGAGCUGAAAGCGCUCGGGGACUUUCCGGACUACUCGACCAUUUCCGAGGUCCCAAUGCCAAACCCGUACCCGGAAUUCAAUAUCGAUCGGGCCCUGCCGCGGCCCUACCGACCGUUCAGAUGGGCAUACCAUCAGACGAUGUCCUUGACCAAACUUGAGACCGACUGGUGGAUAGAACUAGAGUCAACCUACAAGGAACGGAUCGCGCAGCGGAAAGAGCUGUAUAGGAAGUAUGGCGAAUCCGUACUGCAAUGGCUCCCAGGCUCAGAGCUUGUGUGCAAGGAGUUAAUGGAGAUGGUGCUGCAAUUCAUUUGCGCGCGGUAUCCGCAGUAUUUCUCGCUCUCCCCGGAUAACUCUCGGUUCGAAAAUAGAAUAUUAGGUACUGUAUCCGUAAUCAAGGAGAAGCACCCCUUAUUGAUACUUCUUGACAAUGUACCCGAGGACUUCGGUAUCGUUUUGCGGGAUCCGGAAUCCGGGUACUAUAUCUUUCGCGCGGGCAUAAUCUGCUCAGCACUCGGCUGGAACGUUAGAACCAAGAUCGGAAUGAAGCUGCACGAGAUACAUCAACCGAUUCCGGAUUACAAGGAGAAGAUGCAAUUUAGCAUGGACCGAUACUUCUCCAAAAUGCCCGCGAACAAGCCAAUCCAGCGGGGAUCAUGGGGUUUUGAGGUAGACCAACCGCUCUACAUGCCACCAGGCGACCCGCACGAAGCAUACCGCGACGUGCAAGACGCCACACUAACACGGUCGCGCAUCCACCUACGGGUAGACUGGCAGACGCUACGACGACUCCCGCUCUCUGGAGGCGUCGUGUUUAACUUCAAGGCGCUAUUCACGCCGCUCGAAGAGUUUCGCGAUGAGCCGUACAUACCGAGUCUCGUACUCAAGGUGCUGCGGGAGGGCAAGAAGAGUAUCAUGAAAUACAAGGGCACAUGGCAUACCGAGCACAUUGUGUUCCCGGCAUUGGAGGAAUACGAGAAAGAACAGGUUAAAAAUGGGAUAAUUGAAAAGGAUUGGGAGCCGAAGACACUCGAAGAGAGUCCUUGGUUCCCUGGGUGGCAGGAGAAAUGGCACAGACAGCAAGGCUUCUAAUAAACUGAAUUAGCGAUACCGUAUAAGCAUGUCGUUUAACAUUAGCAGU